UAUACGCCCAGCCAACGUAAGCGUUGUUAGUAGGAAGAAGAAGAAGCCGAUUCUGGAAGCCAUUACGUUGCGCACAUUAAUUGAGUAAAUCCUACUAUUUGUGCGUACAAUACGCACAAUUACCUCUCCAAAAGAGCAGUUUCUGCAAUUAUGGCAUCGGUCGCGAAAAAAAGAAAAAUGAAUUUCUCGGAGAGAGAGGUGGAAAUUAUUGUGGAAGAAAUAGAGAAACAAAAGCACACACUGGUUAACCACUUCAAUGCUGGAGUCACCCACAUGGCAAAGAAUAACGCGUGGGUGGAUAUUCUGAAAAAGGUGAACGCUGUCACCACCUGUCCCAGAGAGUUGCCCGAGGUGAAAAAGAAGUGGUCUGACAUGAAGACGGAGGUCCGACGGAAAGUGGCCCAGGCGCGAGCUGCUAUAGAGGGAAUCUCCGCUGACUGCACUCCAGUUCCCGUGAUCCUCACCGCUAUGCAGCAGAGGAUCUGUAACCUCCUGGGGGAGGCCACCAUCAUCAGCUUACCUGCAGGAGACUCGGAUGCUGAGAUAACUUUACCUGUUACAGUGAACGCUGCCGCCACCGUAACACUAGCAGACACUCUUCCAUCGGGCUCAGGUACAGACUGUGAUGAAGCAAAGCCACUCACUGAAACAACUUACCACACCCUAGAGGAUGGAGGCGUAGUGGAGUACUGCACCACCACUGUAGGUGACUCCACUCCCACUGUGGCAGCCGUUGAGGCUCCAGUGGAGAUGCUGGCCUCAUCCUCAGCUUCCCCACCUCCACCUCAGGGUCAGGCCAAACCUCAGGAGCUGAAGAGCCGCAUUGCCCUCAACUCAGCCCGCCUGCUGCAGGAGCAGAGAGUCACCAACGUCCACAUCCGACAGAUUGCCCAGCACCUGGAGGGCCAAAACGAGCUCCUGCAGAUGAUGCGGCGCUCCCAGGAGGCUCAGGCAUUCGCCCAGGAAAGACAGGCCCAGGCCCUGGAAGGUACCCAGGCUGCCCUGCUAGCAUUAGUGCAGAUGCUCAGGCCUGCUCUCAAAGACCUGCGCAAAUUCCUGCAGAGUGGGAAUGAGGUCACAAACCCCAGCAGCUCAGCAGCAGGAGCGAUAGCUGAUGGGGCAGGAACAGAGGAACAGAGCAGGCCCAAAACACCUCCACGUCCUCCACAGCAAGCUGAGGAGACACAAUAGCACUGUGUGUGUGUGUGUGUGUGUGUGUAUGUGUGUGUGUGUGUGUGUGUGUGUGUGUGUGUGUGUGUGUGUGUGUGUGUGUGUGUGUGUGUGCUGCUUCCUUUCUGCAUUGUACAUAGAGGAGUCCUUGCACACAAGCUUCAGAGAACAAUGAAAAGCUUUUUAAAAGUUGCCUUGGGGUGAGCAUGUACAUAAUUUUACUUCUGUUUUAUGAUUCGGAAAAACAGUCGCAGAAGCAGUGAAAAGGUUAUGUUGAACAUUAUUUUUACUUUUUACCGUCUGUCUUUAAUUAGCAGUGAGUUUAUGUUAUUUAAUACAUUGGAUUUGAUAUUGAAAUUGUGUUUUUAAUGCAAUUAUGCAGGUAGUCAUCACCCUGAUGUGGGCUGAACUUUUAAAUCUUAGUUUCUUUAAGUCAUCCUGCAGUUUACCCUGAAUGAAGAAUAAAUCAGUCUUGUUUUAAGACCA